CCGGCCUCCCGUACAAUGAUGAAGCAGCACGGCAGGAGCCACCGUCGGCUUUGAAAAGGGCGGAGUGGAGAAAGGUAUCGCUGAGCUCCUCCAUCCAACUGCUUCCACCACAAGCCAAGCCACACUGCCUUCCACGCCAGAGAUUCGCAGCCAUGUCCGACGAGCUCAAGCGCGGGAUCGCGGGCGCCGCCGCCGUCGCCGCCUCCCACCCGGCGCCCUACGCGCCGCGGGCCCCGGCCGACGCCGACCGCAGGCUCGCCGCCUCCGCCACCGCCUCGCUGGGCUCCCCGCCGCCGGCCGCCGCGUCGCCCACGGCGCACAAGAUCACGCUCAAGAGCGCCGACAUGAAGGAGGAGAUGCAGAAGGAGGCGUUCGACAUCUCCCGCGUCGCGUUCGAGAAGCACACCAUGGAGAAGGACAUCGCGGAGUACAUCAAGAAGGAGUUCGACAAGAACCACGGCCCCACCUGGCACUGCAUCGUCGGCCGCAACUUCGGUUCCUAUGUGACGCACGAGACGAACUACUUUGUGUAUUUCUACAUUGAUUCUAAAGCUGUCUUGCUAUUUAAGUCUGGGUGAUGGGCGCAGCUGAUCCUUCUCCCGCUGGCGUCAAUCACCUGUGUGCCCCUCUUUGAUCCACGUCUGCAACUGAACUGGAAAAUCAGAAAUUUGGAAACGACUCCAUGUUGGUGUGAAAUCUUAGAUCGUGUCUUUGUUUUGCUUUGUUUCAGCUAGGUGUUGUUGACGUUGUCUCAUUGUAAUAUUGCCACAAAAUCGAACGAGAAGUCAUCGUCGACAAUGUACGAAAAACUGUCUGAUCUA